AUCUUACCCUAAAUAUUAUUAUUACACUCUGUUUUUUAUCAGUGACCACUGUCUAGUGUUGUGGUUGUAGUAAUGUUCACAGAGUACAUUUUAGCAAUAGAAAGUCGUGUUAUCGUUUUACGCAAAUAGCAUGUAAAUAAACCUUUGUAUGUAGGUACAACUCCAAUAAAACAAAUCGAUUCCAAUUCUUUGCCUUGAAAGAUAACGAUGUUAUGCAUAGGGUCGGUAAUUAGUUUAAUCUGCUAGAUAUCCCUGUGCGAGCCUACCGUCUUCUAGAUAAUAUCUUAAGUGGAGACGAAUAAUCGCAGAAAUUAUGAAGAAUCAAUUCGUAACACUCAACAACAUACAAACUCACCUAAUAACUUAUGGUGAUCCCUUCAAUUGUAAUGGAAAAGAUGUUAUUAUAUGUAUCACUGGAAACCCUGGUAUACCUGAUUUUUAUAUAGAAUUUGGUGAUGAAUUACAUAAAUCAACUGGGCUGCCCUUGUGCAUCAUUGGCCAUGCCGGUCAUGAUGUAGUUCCAGAUGAAGCAUCUUCUGUUCUGAAAGGUCAAGAGCACCUAUUUCAUCUUGAUGGUCAAAUAAAACAUAAGCUUGAACUUAUCAAUAAUUAUGUAGAUAAACAAAGCAAAUUACACUUAAUUGGUCAUUCAAUUGGAAGCUGGUUAAUUCUAGAAAUGCUUAGAGAUAAUGAAAAUUUAGCCACAAGGCUUAAAUCCGUUAAUCUUUUAUUCCCAACAUUGCAAAAAAUGGCUGAAACCAGAAAUGGAAAAUUUUUAAAUGGCUUUCUUAGAAAACUGCAUAAUUUUGUAUUACUUCUGUUUGUUUUGGUUCACUUACUUCCUAGUGUUAUUGUAAAAUUUUUAGUAGCUAUCUACUUAAAAGUAUAUGCAUUGCCUACACACUAUUCAGAAUAUAUUUUCAAGUUUUUAAAUCCAAAUGUUGGGGAAAAAGUAUUAUUUUUAGCUUAUGAUGAAAUGGACAAAGUAAGAAAUUUGAACUUAGAAGCAAUUGACAAAAUAAAACAUUUUACUAAUGUAAUUUAUAGUAAAACGGAUAAUUGGGCUCCAAUCCCAUAUAUGGAAGAUCUAUAUAAAUAUCAACCAGAACUUACAAUGAAAGAAGUAGACAUUGACCAUGCAUUUGUUCUGAAAUCAUCAGAAAGGACUGCAGAAAUGGUGAUGCAAUUUAUAAAGACAAAACUGUGAUUUCUGUAUAACUAGACCAUUGAUAUAGUUGUAGUAGCAUCAAUUAUAAGUACUUUAUUAGUUUAAUAAGUUUUGAAAUGCAAAAUGUAUGAUAUUAUCAGAUAAAAUUUAGAAUUCUAUAACAGUAUACAAUAAACAUGGAUACUUAUCCUGUUUCACAGUACCACACGGCUCUCGCGGGUUCGAUUCCCCAUAGUUCUAUGGGGAAUCGAACCAUCAAAACAUAGUGUGAUUCAAAAGGGUUUGGGUGGCUUGUGUUAUUGUGUAUGUGGUUUUGUUUGUAUGUGGUUUUGUUUGUAUGUAAACGCCCCCAUUAAGCAGGAGAAAAUACUCAAGGGGGGAUUUUUUUAAAUAAAAGUAGGUAUUUACAAAAGAUUCACAUAUAAAAUAUAAACAGUAAAAAAUAUAAUUAUGGGUUUUUUCUUAACUAUUAAUUAUCUAAAUCAUUCAUGUUUCUUCUACCAUUUGCUAAGUUCUUUAAAUAUCAGUUUCUAAUUAGGCAAAUGCAAUACUUUUAUGUAGGUAUAUGUCAAAAACGUUAAAUACUUUUUUAUGCAUUUUGUAUGGAAUCGCAACCUAUGACGUCAUGUUUUUACGUCAAACAAGAUACUGGAAAAGAUCUAAAAUCAAUGAAUGAAAAUAUGACUAUAUUUUAAUAAUUCGUUGUGAGUCAAAAUAAUUUGUUUUUGAUUCAUGAAAUUACCCAAUUAUUUUAAUCUAGCGAUAAUCAGAAAUUGUAAGUGGUGUUGUUGAAAAGUUUUUAGUUGUAAGUGUUGGUGAUAUUUAGCCGAGUUAUUUAUUUUUUAAUUGUAAUGGGUAUAAUAAGUAUAUUAUUCUCACAUAAAAUCUAAUCAUUCCAAAAAAUUGUUUAGUUUUUAGUUUUGUGAUAUAAAACAACCUGUUAAAAAUACAAUUAAAUGAA